AUGGAGAUUUAAUUAAAUAAACCAGGGCAAUAUACUGAAAGCAGUCUUAAGGAGCAUUUUCAUUUUAUAGGAAAGAAGAUUACAGAAAAAGAAAUUGAUUCUUUUUUACCAUUUUUUAAUUGUGAUGAAAUUGGACAUGAUGAUUUAUAAUUAGAUUAAGUUUGUUUGGAUUAAAAUUGUCCAAGAAAAGGAUUAACUUGUCCUAGAUGUAUUCAUCUUCGACAUUCUAAUCAUCCCACUAAGAUUGUUAGUUUAAGAAGUUUCAUUAGUGAUUUGAUUUAAUCGUAGACUGAUAAAAAAUCUAUUUUAAAGAAUGAAGUGGAAAAUUGUGCAAGAUAUCGCGAUUUGUUGAUCUCAAUGGCGAAGGAAUUUGUUGAUUCUCUUAUUGAUCAUUUUUCUAUAUUUGUCGCAUCAGUCCAUAAGUAUUAUAAUAUAUUCGAAAAUGAAUUUGAAGAUAGGAUGAUAAAAAGUGAUGUAGUUAUUCAUAAAUUAAUGCAUAAAUAACAUAUUAGAAGAGACCAUUUUGCCAAAUAUAUAGCAAAUACAGUAGCUUAAUUAAGUGAUGGAGGUACUUUUUCUUCAAAUAAUAAGAAAGAAUUAGUGCUUAGAGACUAUGAAACGGCUUUUAGGAUAUCUAAUGAAUUCUAAGCAGACAUGAAAGAUAUAUCCAAAUAGGUCAAAUUGCAUUUAACUCAGUAACAAUAAAUUGUUUAAGAUAGCAUUGAUUUGCACAAAUUAAGUCCUAAAGUUCCUGAAUUUGAUGUUGCUACUUUAGCUGUUUAGAGUAAAUUUAAAAAGGAUUUUAGAUAAAAACUUGAUGAUAUUUUUUCAAUUGACACUAACAUUCCUGGAAUGAGUUAGGUUAGCAGAAUAUAAACAACAACAAAUUCUAAUUCGCUUUAUUUAAAACCUCCUCAGCAAGAUUUUAAGCCAGGAGAUGUCUUUUAGAUUAAAUUUGGAGGAGGAAAAAAAGACUUUGUAAAUUAAAUAGAAUAUUUGAAACCAACAUUAUUGGAAACUUAAGUUAGAAAAAGGCCAGCAAAUUUAAGUAUAUACGAUGAUAAUUCAAAUUAUCGUCAAACUGGUAAAUAAAUUAAUGGAGUGGGGAGCAAAGAUGCUGUCGAUUUAUACAUGGCAGAGAAGUCUAAAAUUGGUAACUCUAUCUCCACGUCAUCUAUGCCCAAUAUUUUUGGCUUAAAUUUAUAAGGAAACAGCUCUUAGGGACCACUUUAGCAAGGCUCAAUAUAAAUUUAUGCUCCAAGACUUGGAGAUUAUGUGCAGGGUGGAGAGUUUUUAUAAUGCAGUGUCGAUAGUGCUAGGAAAAAGUGCUUAUUAGGUAGAAUUUUCAAAACUGUCACAAAUGGAAAUAUAAUAAAAUUAUCAACUAUAAAAUCCUCAAUAAAAGAUCUUUCUUGUUUGUGUGUGAUUAGUGAAGAUAUAGUCGCAAUUGGAGGCAGAUUUAACUAGUAUAUUGAGUUUUAUAGGAUUUAAGAUAAAUAAGUUAUUACAAAAAUAGAUACAAAAGCUUAGUAAGGAGUUAAAAGUAUGCUAAUUAUACGAAAGGAGCAAGAUGAAGUUGCUGAAUGGUCUCCAAUAUUAAUUGUUGGCACAUAUAGUGAUGAAUCCACAAUACUAAGCUACAAGCUGGACAUAUUGAGAAGAUUCGAUGGACAAGAGCCCAUCAAUUUAUCUAUAAAAAACUUUAGGACCUUCGAAAAGAAAACCACUGAGGCUGUAACUUGUCUUGCUUAGUUGUAUUUAAACGAAUUCUUUAUCGUUGGAUAUUCUUCUGGAUCAAUAGCUAUUUUCAGCGUUGAGAAUUCUCUGCCUAUAAAUAUCUUACCAUUCGUAUACGAUUCACCAAUCACAAAUCUUUACACUGUUGAAGAAGGAAAAUUUUUUGUAUCAGCAAGCAACGAAAAAAUAAGAUUCCAUACUAUAAAAAUGAUAAAUCAUAUGAGAGUUGAAUAAGAUGUCACAUCUUUUUAUUCAGGUACACAUGACAUCAACUGCCUGACCAUGACAACAGGUUUUAAUUAGGAAGAAAGCUAUUUGAAAUUUCAGCAUUUAAUAUGUGGGAACUUAAGGUUCGAUGACAAAGAAGAUUAUAAAGAAGGAUGCUUAGUAAUAUUAAGAACAGCAUAGAACAAUAUAAGAUUAACAGAGGAAGCUGUUAUACCAGUUUUAACAGAGCAAGCUAAUAAUACAAUAAAAGACAUGAUUCUAAUUGAGCCUAGAAAAAAGUAAAGGACUGUUUGGAUUCUCGUUUUUGGAGGAGACCACAAAAUAAAGCUGCUCGAGUUGAAAAGUGGAUAUUCAGAAACUCUUAAAAUAUGGGAAAAGCAAGCACCUGACUUUUUGCUGUCAAAAGGAACAUCUGUGAUCAAAGGUAGAUUGCUUUAUGAAAGCAUAGAAUAUACAAAUAUUAAGUGGACUGAUGUGCAAUCUAAAGUUCAAAUAUUAUCAGCUUAUGAAAAUAACUAGCUGGGAAAAGUUAAUGUUAGAUUUGCAGUUGUGAAUCAUCUUUCAAAAUCUGACAUUGAAAUCUUCGAACUUGAAAUGAUGGUUUCCUAUUAAUGA